GAAGGAAGAGAAGAGAGGGAGGGAGUUUGAGCCAGUGAGAUGGAAGCGCACAAGCUGAUCAGACUCCUACUAAAAGGCGGUAAGCAGAGAUAGAAAGCGAGAGGGAGAGGGGACUUGGGCGAUAGAGAGAGAAACUUGGAAACGUCGGAAUGGUCAAACGCUGUGGAUGUUGUAGGAGAUGAGCCUCAGGACUUUGGAUUCUUCCAUCGCGGUGGAACAACAAGGAACUUCCCCCUCAAGGAAAGCCUCAGAGUGGGAGAGCACUGACUGCUGCCGGGAGAGCGUAAAAUUAAGUCAUUCCACUUUGGGAAUCAUUUGAAUGUAAAAUUGUAAACUGAAAAGGUGGUAGCGAGGCGAGACCAAAAUACCUGGUGAGCCAGGUCAAAAUAAUUUGGGAGGUACUGACAUUUCUUGACAGGUUUUUUGUGUCGUACAACAGAAAUAAAACUGAGAUUCUUAAAGAACAGAGUUCGUAGAAGGCGUCGCGAGGGGAUGAGCAGUACCGACAGCCCUGGAAUCAGAAGCUUUUUGGACGUACCCGCGGUGAAUCUAUCGUUUAUCCUUGGAUUUGGUUCGCUCGGAGCGCUCGGAUCUUAACCUCGUUGCGAGGCCGUACCGGUUUUCCACACUGGGCACUGGCCGACGGCUCUUCUCCCGACGCCUGGCAGUGACCCGUCCCACCCUGCCGCGGGACUCGGCACGUGGGGGCCGAACGAACCAUGCUGACCGAGCCUCCGGGGCCAGCCAGAGCAGAGCCCCGACCAGCGCCGAGGCCAGUUCCCACCGCUGUAGCCGCACCAUGUCCCGGCCGGCGGCGGCUUCCCUGGAGCAGAACGCCACGGAGCCCGGCGAGGGCCCGGGGGUCCGACUCCAGUGGGCCGCGCUGCUCAUCCUCAUGGUCAUCGUGCCCACCAUCGGCGGCAACAUCCUGGUCAUCCUCGCCGUGUCGCUAGAGAAGAAGCUGCAGAACGCCACCAACUACUUCCUGAUGUCUCUGGCGGUGGCGGACCUGCUGGUGGGACUGCUGGUGAUGCCCAUCGCCCUGAUCACUAUUCUCUACAAUUCCGGGUGGCCCCUUCCGGAAUUCCUCUGCCCCAUCUGGCUCUUCCUGGAUGUCCUUUUCUCCACUGCCUCCAUCAUGCACCUGUGUGCAAUCUCCCUCGAUCGAUACAUCGCCAUUAAGAAACCCAUUCAACACAGCCAGUACAAAUCAAGGACUAAGGCCAUGAUGAAGAUCGCACUGGUGUGGCUGAUAUCAAUUGGUAUAGCCAUUCCGAUUCCCAUUAAGGGACUGCAGAACUACCAUCUUCCCAACAACGUCACCUUCAACAGCAACCACACCUGCCUGCUGAAGACCGACAGCUUCCGGGAGUUCAUCAUGUUCGGCUCCUUGGUGGCCUUCUUCAUCCCGCUAAUGAUCAUGAUGGUGAUCUACCUGCUCACCAUCCAAGCUCUACGCAAAAAGGUUUACUUGCUCAGGUCGAGGGUGACCCAGCGUUUCACGCGCCAGACUGUCACCACGGUUUCCCAAAGGGAACAGGCUGAGGGCACUUCCCCUGCCGGGACACAGACAUCGCCGGAAGGCCCAUUGAUGCGGGCGUCUGGGAAACCGCUCUCACUCACAACGAACCGCCUUUCGAGGGACGACGUACCGUUUCGCAGGAUGUCGAGCAUAGGAAAGAAAUCCAUGCAGAACUUGAGCAACGAGCAGCGCGCCUCGAAGGUGCUGGGCAUCGUGUUCCUCCUGUUUGUGGUCAUGUGGUGCCCGUUCUUCAUCACCAACAUCACCUCCGUGCUCUGCCCCGACUGUGACGUCAACGUGAUCGCCCGGCUGAUGGAGAUCUUCGUAUGGGUGGGCUACGUAUCCUCGGGCAUCAACCCCUUAGUCUACACCCUGUUCAACAAGACUUUCAGACAGGCCUUUACCCGCUACAUCACCUGUAACUACAGUGUCUGGACUAGCAAUGGGCCGGGGAGACACCCCAGGGUGCAACACCGAGGACGGGGGCUGACAAAGAUCUCCUUCCGCUCCUCCAUGGCGGAGAAUUCAAAGCUGUUUGUGAAGCGAGGAAUGAAGAACGGCAUCGGGGCAGUGAGCUAUCAGAGCCCGCUGCGGUGCCGGCAAGUACCGAUACAGUCCCCCAGCAGUGUUGUGUUGGACACACUGUUCCUGACUGAAAACGAGGACUUAAAGCAGGGGGAGCACGUUAGCUAUGUAUAGAGGGGAUUGGCCCGGUUCAUAAUAAGGACACCUCCAGUACUUUGAGGUGUUGAAAGUUGCCCUACAUCUAUAAAUUAAUUUCCUAUUUCACAUCCAAGUAUUUCUGGACAAGUUAAAAUGGCAGGCUCAGUUUUAAUCCGUGCUUAGCGAGAGGCAACGACAAGCUGCAUAGUUAGCUACUCGUCAUGCUGCAACGCUAAUUCUAUCUCUUUGCGGCUCUGGAGAGUGCUAGCCUUGUAUGUUGAUUAUUGUACGUAAUAACAAAUUAUAACAAACACUUUACUUUGAGUGGAAUCGAUUAUUUUCCCAAGAGAAACAAAAAGAACAUCUGAACAAUAAAACUUCAUAGUGCAUUGUCUUUAUGAAGGCUGUGAAUAAGCGUUAAACUCUAGAGCGCUUGCAUGCAUCUUCUUCCGCUUAUCUGAAUUACUAUUCCUGGCAAAACAUCUUUGCCGUUUCUUACCACUUGUGAGGUUGCAUUAAUGCAUUGCACUAUUAAUGGCAAAAUGUCCAGUUUGUAUUAAAAUACUUCACAAUGGCAAUGUACAAAAUAAUGCAAGCAAGGUAAAUCGGAAAGCUUCUAUGUUCAAUAAAUUGGAAAUGUGGAAUUGUG